AUGGUUGGAAGAAAUGAUCAUGCUAUUGUUGAUACUUUAACCGCUUUGGCUCAAGUGUUGCAAGCUCAGCAGAAUCCACAUGUUGAAGGUGCUGAAUCUUGUGGAUUGGACAGGGGUGCAUUCUUGGAAAAAUAUUGUUCGGCUGAUGUGCAUAGCAAGAAAGAGGUGGAAUUCCUUGAACUUAAGCAAGGGAAUAUGACUGUUGCAGAUUAUGCUGUCAAGUUUGAGGAAUUAUCUAGGUUUUGCCCUCACUAUAAUGAGGCAGAAGCUGAAAUGUCCAAGUGCAUUAAGUUUGAGAAUGGACUUUGCCGAGAGAUUAAACCGUUUAUUGGGUAUCAGAAAACCCAGUGUUCUACAUUGAUAUGCUUCAAGUGUGGAAAGGCAGGGCAUAGAGCUAAUGAAUGCAAGAGUGUUAUGGUAACUUGUUUCAACUAUGGAGAGGCUGGUCAUAUUAGCACACAGUGUCAAAAGCCUAAGAAGACACAAUAUGUUAAAUAUGGUGGGAAAGUAUUUACUCUUAGUGGUGUAGAGGCACCCAAAUAUGAUAAUCUGGUUCGAGGUACUUGUUUCAUUAAUAACAUUCCUUUGAUUACUAUCAUUGAUAUUGGUGAGACACAUGCCAUUAUAUCUAUUGAUUAUAUAAAGAGAUUGAAUCUUAUGGUGUAUGCUAUGAACGACAACAUGGUUAUCGAUACUCCAACAAAUGGGUCGAUAGAGUUCAACUGUAUGUAUAUAAAUUACUAUAACAAGACAAUAUUAUUUCCUGAGUUUGUAAAAGAGAAAGGUUCGCAAUUUAUUUCUGCGAGACAGGUUGAAGAGUUCAUGAAAUAUGAAGCUCAAGUGUUUGUGAUGUUUGUUUCCUUGCAAGUUAAGGGUAAAGCGACUUUGGAUGAACUGCCUAUAGCAUGUGAAUUCCCAUAUAUGUUCCCUGGUGAUAUUACUGACUUACCGCCAGAGAGAGAAGUUGAGUUCGCCAUAGAUUAA